AUGAGGUAAUGGAGAGCUUGAUGGGGCCUUUACCUUGACAUUUCUCUGCAUACCUUUCUUCUGGGUUCGGACCCAGUCAAUACUCAAUAGAGAUUACUUUCUUUAUAUCACCCAUCUGUUUAUAUCCCCUUCCUAUCUCCUCCCACCUCCUUCCUCCGCCACAACAAACCAUGUCCAUACUCACCGGAAACCUCUUCUUCUUCUUCUCUUUUAUUUUCAUAUACUUUAUCACCACCAUCACCUUAGCUCAACCCCCCGAUUUCCUGUCCUAUUUCUGCGAUAGCGAUAUGAACUACACGGCAAACAGUGCAUAUCAAAGAAAUCUCGACACCACACUCGCCGUCCUCCCCACCACCAACUCCGGCUUCGGUUUCUUCAACCGUUCCACUGGAGAAGGCAUCAACAGAGUCAACUCAGUCGCCCUGUGUCGAGGCGAUGUCAAUCCAGAUUCGUGUCUCAGUUGUGUGAAUGACUCCAUUGUUAAGUUGCGAGAAAUCUGUCCUAACCAAAAGGAAGGAAUAGGAUACUACGACUACUGUAUGUUGAAGUACUCCAACGCUACAAUAUUGAGAAACACUGCGAUAAGGUUUUAUGUGUAUCUGGCUAACCCUAAUAACGCUUCAAAUAUUAAUCAGUUCAAUAACGCUCUUAGUCCAUUGAUGGAGAACUUAACAGUCAGGGCGGCUUCCGGCGGUCCGGCACUGAAGUUUGCCAGCGGAAACACCUCCGGCCCGGAUUUCACAAGAAUCUAUGCGCUUGUGCAGUGUACUCCAGAUUUAUCGGAACUGCAGUGUAGUAAUUGUUUGUCGGAUGCCAUUAGUCGGAUCGGGGUUUGGUUUAAUGGGAAAGUAGGAGGGAGAAUUUUACUACCGAUGUGUACUUUCAGGUAUGAGAUAUAUAGGUUUUUUAAUGAGAGUUCUCUAGUCGUCGGCCCACCACCAUCUUCGCCACCACCACCACCGAUUUUGUCGCCAUCGCGGCCCAUUCCACCGCCACCAGGGAAAUCGAAGAACAACACAACACAAACUGUCAUAAUAAUUGUUAUAGCAGUCGGCACUGCUAUAAUAAUUGCUUCCAUAUGUAUCUUCAUAGCACUGAAGAGAAAGAAAAAGCAAAUGCCACCGCCACCUCUUCAACAGCCUGAAAAUAGUGAGACUGGAACUAUGGAUAUUGGUGCUGCUGAUGCGCUACAAUACAACUUUAGCAUAGUCAGAGCAGCAACCAAUGAUUUCUCAAAAGAGAAUAAGCUUGGACGAGGUGGAUUUGGUGUAGUUUACAAGGGUAAGCUUGAAGAUGGACAGGAAGUAGCAGUAAAGAGACUAGGAAGAGAUUCCGGGCAAGGUGACGUGGAAUUCAAGAAUGAGGUUUUGCUAGUUGCAAAGCUUCAACAUCGUAAUUUGGUUAGACUGCUUGGUUUUAGUAUAGAAGGAAGUGAGCGACUUCUCAUUUACGAGUACUUGCCAAAUGCAAGUCUUGAUCAAUUUAUAUUUGAUCCAACUAAACAUUUUGGGAUGGCAAGACUAUUUAAACCUGAAGAAACUCAAGGUGACACUAGUCGAAUCGUUGGAACCUAUGGUUAUAUGGCACCCGAAUAUGCCAUGCAUGGGCAAUUCUCAGUGAAAUCAGAUGUGUUUAGUUUUGGAGUGUUAGUACUAGAGAUGGUAACAGGUCAAAAAAACCAAUGCUUUAGGAAUGGAGAUAGCGUCGAAGACCUUCUAAGCUUUGCAUGGAAAAGUUGGCGAAAUGGGACGGUGACAGAUAUGAUUGAUCCCACAUUGAAAACGGGAUCAGGUUCAUUGCGUGACGUUAUUAGAAGUAUCCACAUUGGGUUAUUAUGUGUCCAAGAAAAUGUUAUUGACAGGCCAACCAUGGCUUCUGUUGUUCUUAUGCUUAAUAGCUUCUCUAUCACGCUCCCCGUACCAUCAGAACCUGCAUUUUUCAUGCGCAGUACCAUUGAUCCUGAAAUGCCGCAUCUUAGUGAAUUUAGUUCUUCAAAUUCAGGGAGCAGUGGUUUUGGGAAACCAAAAAUAUCAAAAUCAAAAUCAAGAUCAUCUCAAGUUUCACUAAAUGAUGUUUCAAUAUCUGAGAUCAUUCCUAGAUAAAUGUUUGCACUGCACUUGAUCUGAUUACAUAUAUUUCUUUUAUGUUUGAUUUUGAUUAAGGGUAUAAUUUUGAACUUACUAGUUUAAACUUGGAUGUACUAUUUAUUAUAAAACAUAAGUUUUAAUU